UGGCUGGUGUGGUGUGUCUGGGUGUGUCUGUGUGUGGUGUGUCUGUGUGUGGUGUGUCUGUGUGUGGUGUGUCUGUGUGUGGUGUGGUGUGUCCAGUGUGCAACACACGUACGCAGAUACGUGUAAGGAGCACGUAUUUAAUGUUUUAGCUUAUUAACACAGCAAGAGUGUUAGUUGUAUCUUCUUGUAACAAAGUGGCGUUAGUACAACGAGUGUGUAGCGCAGUAAUUUGUUUUUACAAGGUGGGAGACAGAAUAGGAAGGACGGAGUCUGCUUGCUUCCAGGAGAUUCGGAGCCCAAGAAAGAAAUCUGAGGCAGCAUUUUCUUAAAAUCUCGGAUAUAUAUUUUAUUAUCCAGCUGAAGAAAUAAUGGUGACGGUGGUCAACUCUGUGGAAACGGCCCACUUGGAUAUGAUUCACGACGCCCAGAUGGAUUACUAUGGCAACCGCCUGGCCACCUGCUCCUCCGAUCGCACUGUAAAAAUAUUCGACAUCCGCAAUGGAGAGCAGAUCCUGGUGGCUGACCUCCGAGGGCACGAGGGUCCCGUGUGGCAGGUGGCCUGGGCCCACGCCAUGUACGGCAACGUGCUGGCCUCGUGCGCCUACGACCGCAAGGUCAUCAUCUGGAGGGAGGAGGGCGACGCCUGGGAGCGCAUCUACGAGUACGCUGGCCACGAGUCGUCGGUGAACUCUGUGUCGUGGGCCCCGCGAGAGUUCGGCCUCGUGCUGGCGUGUGGCAGCUCUGACGGCGCCAUCUCCGUGCUGUCGUGCUCCGAGGAGGGCAGCUGGGACGCCAAGAAGAUCGGCAACGCCCACUCGAUCGGCUGUAACGCCGUGAGCUGGGGUCCCGUGAUGGCGCCCAUGGGGGGGGGGACCCCUCAGGGGCCCUGUGGCCAGAAGCCGAUCCGGAGGUUUGUGUCGGGCGGCUGCGACAACCUCGUCAAGAUCUGGAGGGAGAAAGAUGGGCAGUGGGUGGAGGAGCAGAAGCUGGAGGCCCACAGUGACUGGGUGCGCGACGUGGCCUGGGCGCCCUCCAUCGGGCUGCCCAUCAGCACCAUCGCCAGCUGCGCGCAGGACGGCCGAGUGUACGUGUGGCGGUGCGAGGAUCCCUCGGGCAGCUCGUGGGUGGCCAAGCUCCUGCACAAGUUCGGCGACGUGGUGUGGCACGUGAGCUGGUCCAUCACCGGCAGCAUUCUCGCAGUCUCCGGGGGUGAUAACCGGGUGACGCUGUGGCAGGAGUCCCAGCAAGGCCAGUGGGUGUGCGUGAGCGACGUUGACAAGAGCCCAGAUGGAUAGGAUGACCAGCCAUGAUGCGGGGGUGGGGGGGGGGGCUUUCUCCACUGGUGGUUGUGAGGCUCCAGUGGCAACCUUUACGAGCGAGUCCUUGCCCUCCUCAAGAGCUGAAGCCUACUUGCCAUGCCACUACAGGUUGACACGUUUCUGCCGUGUCAAUAUUUUGCUCUACUGCGUAGGUUUUGGCGGCUGUACUUGGGCAGCUCUCUCCGAUGUGUUUUUAGUUUGUACCCCGCGUGUGUUUUGGGCGCACGAUGUCCUGGGUAAAGUUCAAGAACUGGAUCCAGAACCGUCAAGGACUGGACAGUUCUGGAACUGAUUUAAAUUCCUGAAGAAGUUCCCAAGCACGUGGAGUGAAACGUUGGGCAUCAUGCCAAACGACACACGGAUGCAACCCAAAAACACACCUUGGAAGGAUAUUUUGUAGAUUGUUUUGUUUGGUCGAUUAAAGCUAAGGCCGACGCUUCAUAUUUAAUCUAGUUAACGUUAACUUUGUCACAUUACAGUUUGUUUGUUUGGCAUAGCCACGUAUUUUACCACUUGUCAUGUGGAUUGUUGUCAAUGUGCCUUGUGGGAGACAAUUUUGUGAUAAUCAUUUGGAAUUGCUCGUGGUGUAACCAACAUAGGAAGUUUAUAUUGAUAAUGUGUACAUGAGAGAACCUAUAAAAAAUAAUAUAUUUGAUUUGUAAAACUACAUGAUGCAGGGGAGGAGUGAUGGCCGAGUGAUUCAUCGCACACUUCGCUAUGAACCCAGCACUAUUAACCUCUGCGGAUCCGAGUUUGGCUCCCGGCUAACAUCAUUGGUGCGUGAUAUCGGAGCUUGUUCUGGGUCCUACACCUUCAUCGGACUACACCGAGAGGCGUCGUGCAUCAUGGUCCAAUAAAAUCCCAUGACCAGCAUGGCACGGGGAGGUCUAUUACAUAUUAUUACGAUAUACAUUCAUGCUACAUACACUAUAAAACGUGUAAGAUCAUUUACACUACGAAUGUAAAGUUGGAAUGACCAAGAGGAUAUUUCUGGUGGAGAUGAACAUUAACUUUGCUGGAACCAGAGAGGAUAUUGUAGUUACAUUUGAGAGAUUUGUCAUCUGAACCCUUUGGCAAAAUUCUAUUUGCCAGGGCUAUUCGGACAAACAAGUGUUUUCUCAGAAACUUGAGUGCAGGAUUUUUGUGGCGGUCACACUUUUUUUUUCUGAAUGUCACUUGAAAUGAGCGUGCCACAUCUGUUUGGAAUAGUGUGGGAUUUAUUAGCACGUGUAAUAAGACGCGUGCGUGAUUUGACAAAGAUGUGCGACCGGUUACUUUGUUUGUAGAGGGGUGGUUAAUGUUUUCGUGUUGGAAGGACUUGUGGCAAAUCUGUCUGCAGAGCAGGGUGCCAAGUCUUGCUGUGAGCGUGGCAUUGUCAGUGGUUGUUAGUGCAUAGGAUUGGUGUCGAUGACUGGUCUGGAUGAGAAACCAAGAGACCAGGACAAGUCUCGUGUGCAAGAGUGACCUGGUUCUCACUAACACAUUACGUGAGCUGAACAGAAAUAACUUAUCACACUAGGAAUAGAAAAUGUUGCAAAUGUAAUUCUCCUGCAGUGCAAAUCGGCUCUUGACAGAUGGGUCUACAAGAGCUAAUUGUUUUGGGUUCUAUAUUGCCCUGAAGCAUUAGUGUUAUUGAUUUUGUCUUUAUUAUUAUUGCUGGAUUAAUUGUGACGUUAUUGUUGUUUGGGUGCUUUAUUGUUAGCAGUAUUGAAUGCACAAGGACAAUGGGGUUUUGAGACGCAUUGUGAAGGACUUUAACUCGUUCCAAGAAGUAAUUCACCGCACUGCAUUUCAAACUUGUUCAGUGCAGAUUCGGUCUCGGAUCUGGACACCGUGUGAAGGUUUAUGUCACAAGUUUUUGCAGAGCUACGACCGCGUUUUUUUUGUUGUUACACAAAGUUGUUCAUCGGCCUUGUCCCGGGGAUUUGAAAGGGUGCGACGUGGCCGUGUGAUGCACGUUACGGGGCGGCAUGGGAUGUGUGGGGGAGGGGGGGCGACGCUGCAAUUGUGAAAUGUCUCAGGAAUUGAUGAACUUGCCACCGUGCCUUUGUGCGUUUGUGUUCCGCGGGCAUUUGUCUAUUUGUUGGUGUAUUCGAGUUUUAGAAUAAGAAUGUAGCAUCGAAGUUGUUUUCGCUCGGAUGUUACAAUUUUGUAUUUAGAUGUCGCAGCAAUAGAAAACCGUUUAUUUUAGAUAUUAAGACAAUAAAAAAUGAUAUUUUUUCCAUUAAAUUGUUUCAUACUUGACUUUAUGAUCUCAUAAUAACAAUCCAUAUAAUUGCAAGACGUUGCGAAUGUAUGUUUAAGUUUAUCUGUCUCACUUGGCUUUUCAUCGGUGGCAAUGUGUAAUCGCGGGCGCGGUGGUUCCCAGUCAGCUGAUGGAUUAAAGGCCUUCCCACCUGAAAAUAAUAUUUCAAAAACACCUGUAGAUGGAAAUCCCAAGUUUUGUUGAAUUUAAUUUGAAAUAAACGACUAUACAAACUUUA